AUGUCCGUCGUCAGAUCAACCGAGGAAGCCCUCCAACGCCUUGACGAGGCUGAAAACGUCAUCGACACGAGCAACAUGAUGCUCCUGGACAAGAUCCGCACCCAGAAGCGGAAGAAUGGCUGGAGAAGGCUCGCCAGGGACCAAGAGGAAAAGGACGAGCAGUUCGCUGAGGCCGUCAUCAGCAUCAUCUGGGUCAUAAUCGUCAUGCUAGCUCUUGGUGUCAGCUUUGUUGUUCUCAAAUAUUGA